AUGGCAACACCAGUAAAUUUGCACCUCAGUGACUCGUGGAGAUGGCUAGGCGAUAUAAGGGGUAUAUACACUGUAAAACAUGGUUACAGACUCCUCACUAUGAUCAACAAUCAAAGCCCGGAUAUCCAAUCUUUCCGGUCAUGGAAGUCAUUGUGGGCACUUCCGAUUCUGCCCAAGGUUAAGAACCUCUUAUGGCGGUGCGCUCGUGGUAUAUUGCCUUUACGUGAGAAUCUGAAAUCAAGAAGGGUCUGGAUAAGCGGGGGUUGUCCACUAUGCGGGUUCGUGGCGGAAACGGCGGAGCAUUUAUUUUGCGGCUGCCAGUAUGCGCAAGGGCUAUGGGAGGAGAACGACAUUUCACAUGGGCAGUGCAUACAUGAGUUUAUGGACUCAAUUCUGAGCUCACCAAACGCAGAGGUUGCAGUCCAAUUAGCUGCAAUCUUCUGGGUGGUGUGGGAAACACGUAACGCAGUGGUCUGGAGCAAUAUGGUGCCUUCUGCCGAGGGUAUGAAGUCACAGGUCCAUGCAUUGAGAUUAGUUUGGAAAGGGGCGUAUGCAAGCGAACGUACAAGGGGGACAGAUGGUGUUGCUGCCCAGCAAUGGAACCCGCCACCCCGAGGCUCUCUCAAGUGCAAUAUCGAUGCUGCGGUCCUCCCUGGUGGCGUUGGCUAUGGUGCGGUGGUUCGUGAUCACGUUGGUAGCUUUGUGGCUGCUAAAAGUGGCCGAUUGUCGUGCGAAUGCGAUCCAUUGAUGGCAGAAUCCAUGGCGGCUAGAGAAGCUUUAAGUUGGCUUAAAGGGCUUAGGCAUAACACAAUAAUACUAGAGUCUGAUUGUUUAAUUUUAUGUAACGCUUUUAAUUCGAAUGAUUUGGACUUUUCAUAUGUAGGGUUGUUGGUUAAGCAAUGUCAGUCGAUUGCUAGCGACAUAGGGUCUGUUAAGGUCCAACAUGUCAAGAGAACAGCGAAUCAGGUUGCUCAUGUAUUAGCUCGGGCGACUAUUUCUUUGUUGUCUCAGGUUCGUGGGGCGUGA